CUUAGCACUAGAACUGGCGCCUGGGUUGUCGGGCGCUCUGCAGGGGGAGGCUACCCUUACCUCAUGAUAACCACAACAAGAUGCAAUCAUUUAAUUACACAAGCUCUGCCUUCGUGGUUCCGAAGCUGGAUUCAACAGAGGAAGCUGAACAAAGCAUUUAACCAUGAGAAUUAUGGCUUAAACAUUAUGAAGGGGAAGAAUCCAAAAUUUGUUGUGAAUGACGAGCUGCCAACCUGCAUCCUCUGUGGGACAGUCACUGUGAAAAGCAGUGUGAAGGAGUUCACAGAGACCUCUGCAGUCUUUGAAGAUGGGACAGUGGAAGCAAAUGUCGAUAUUGUGAUCUUCGCUACAGGAUAUACAUUUUCUUUUCCCUUUCUUGAAGAACCUCUCAGAAGUCUUUGUACAAAAAAGAUAUUCCUACACAAGCUGGUCUUUCCUCAAAACCUGGAAAAACCAACAUUAGCCAUCAUUGGCCUUAUCAAACUUGCUGGGUCCAUCCUAGCAGGCACAGAGCUCCAAGCGCGGUGGGCCACAAGAGUCUUCAAAGGACUCUGUAAGAUACCACCAUCACAGAAAUUGAUGAAUGAAUUUAACAAGAAGGAACAGCUCAUUCAAAGGGGUGUGAUUAAAGACACCAGUGAAGACUACCUCAACUACAUCUGCUACAUGGAUGAGCUGGCUGCAUGCAUAGGCGCAAAGCCCAACAUCCCGUUUCUGUUCCUCAAGGAUCCCAGACUAGCCUGGGAAGUGUUCUUUGGACCAUGUACCCCUUACCAGUACCGCCUAGUGGGCCCUGGAAAAUGGGAUGGAGCCAGAAGCGCCAUCCUGACCCAGUGGGACAGGACUAUGAAACCUUUAAAAACUCGAGUUGUUGCUGAUUCCUCCCAGCCCGCCUCCCUGUCACAUUCUUUUAAAGUUUGGGGGGCAUCUAUCCUAGUUGCCUCUCUUCUACUUAUCUGUAAAUCUUCACUUUUUAAAUUCAUGAGAUAAAAUGAAUGUUAGAAUUUCACUUUCCUCAGUGCUAUUAUUUGAAUGUUCCCAGAAUUCCUGUGUUGGCAAUUAGUGUCCAGUAUAGCAGGGCUAGAAGAUAGAGACUAAGAGUAGAGUGUAGGGAAGUUUGGGGUCAUGGUGACUCCACACUGAGGGACAGAUAAACUGGAUUUCUGCUCGUGAGAGCAGGUCGCUAUAAAGUGAGGCUGUCCCUUGUCUUCCUUUGCAGGUACCGGCUUGCCCUUCCAUCUCUCUACCACACAGUCACACGGAAUGAAUCUCUCUCCAGCAGCUGCCUCCAGGCCCUUGGACUUCUCAACAUCCAGAACCAUGAUCAAAAUCAGUUCAUUUUCUCUGAAAUGUCCCAUCCUAGGUAUUCUGUUACAGCAACAGAAAAAUAGACUGAAACACCCAGUAGUGUUUGAUGAGGAUAAAUCUGCUUGGUUACAAGGGUUGCUUCAAGUUAUAGUAAUUCUAUCUGCAAAUAUCUGUGCACACUUCCUCUUCUUUCCACCACAACAUUUAUAAACCAAGCUCUGGCUCAGUCUUUUUUUUAUCUUUCAUUUAUUUGACACAGUGUCUCC